UCGUCGGUGGUCCUGAUCAGUGUCGCCAAGUCGCUUCGAAGCUUUCCUCUCUCCAAAAAUUCCCCCAGAAACCCUCCAAGCUAAAAGCAAAUCCCCUAAGUUUUCCCCGGAUAAUUUUGAGGUUAAUUCCGUCGACUCGAAGAGGUUAGGUUGCACGAUAUGGUAUCGAAUCAAACGCUUAUGAAGAUAGCGAGUUUGGGAGGAUUCAUAACGGCGAGUACGGGCUACGCUUUUCAUUAUCGCAUACAAUACGACAUUAAAGAGAGCGAGACUUAUAAAGACGUUAUGGAUACCCUACGCGCGCACAAGAAAGCCGUGCCGUAUCUCGGGGAGCCUGUAACGCUGGGCCGCAUCACUUACGGCGAUGGAUCUCGCACGCUUGAGCACGAGGACGCGUGGGUCAAGCAAGAUUACAAAUGGUUCAAGGUACCGCUCACAGGUGUUAAUACCAAGGCAAAGUUGUAUUACGAGGUAACGUUGAACCGUGAGCUCGAGAACAAACCUGAGGCGUCUAAAAUUGAAAUUACGUUUGAUAAUAUACCUGGGAAGACGUUUGUAAUAAGGCAAUAUGAGAUAAGUUGAAACAAAAGUUUGUAUUAAGAGAAAAAUAGAUUUGUUAUUUAUGUAAAAAUAUGAUUCAGAAAUAAUUUAUUUAUUUAUGUUAUA